AUGGAGGACGUCUCCCCGCUACUUUCACCCGCGGAGGUCUCUGCGCACGCGCGCCGGGACGUCUGGUGUACCACUACUGGCCGCGUAUGUGACCUGAUCAGCCUGGCUCUGUCUCCCCCAGGGGACGUCUUGCUGAGGCCCAUCUUGGAAGCCGCGGGAAAGGACAUUAGCCACUGGUUCAACCCCAAGACCAGAGACAUCCAGACCCACGUGGACCCGCUGACGGGCUGCGUCAAGUACUACACCCCCCAGGGCCGCUUCAUCCACAUCCCACCCCAGCUGCCCCGCUCCGACUGGGCCAACGACUUCGGGCUGCCCUGGUGGAAGGACAGCAAGUAUGAGGUGGGGAUCCUGGCUUCCAAGACCCGGCGCAUCCGCAUCAUCAACACCCUGACUUUGCAGGAGCAUGUGCUGGAGGUGUGUGCGGAGGAGUCCAUGUGGGAAAUCCUGCGGUGCUACCUGCCCCACAACGCCCACGCCGCCAGCUACACCUGGAAGUACAAGGGUGUCAACCUGGACAUGGACAAGACGCUGGAGCAGAACAAGAUUCCGGACGAGGACGCGGAGUUCUACCGGCUCAACUUGGACGCCAACCUGUACAUGCCGGGCAUCUUGCUGUACUUCAACGACGACCUCACCGAGUUCUAGGCGCUGGGCAGUGUAGUGCCACGCUCUUCCAAGGAUCAGCCCCCGUUUGGGAGCUGAAACCGUCGCUCCCAUUCCACGUUGGACGCAGGGUUCCUGUGUGCGGUGCUGGUACCAUGGGGCUGUUUUGCACCAACUUAUCAUGUUCAUGACGGAAAUAAAAUCUUUGUUACGAUACUGA